GGGCAACAACCGGAGCUUCUUUUUUUCGCAUUACGGCGGGGGCAAAAGGCAUAGAAAAGCAUCUGCGACCAAUCAGGCCGGCCGGGCGGUGGCCGAAUGGCCAAUGGGACGCGAGCUGCAGCUUGGCCGUGGGGUUUGCAGAGAAGUUAAUUGUUUUAGUAUUUGUCUGCUUGAUCUGACUCAUGCUGGACAGGAAUUCAAUUGCCUGGGUUUCCAGUCAUAAAUACAGCCAACUUCUUUCUCAUUCCUUCGGUCAAUUGAGGAAAGAAUAAGUUCACAAAAUGAAGAGAGAGGACGUGGUAUAUUUCGGCGCUGGCCCGGCGGCUUUGCCUACUGAUGUUCUGGCGACCGCGGCGGAGGCAUUGCAGAACUAUCAAGAGACUGGAUUGGGUGUUGCAGAGCACAGUCAUCGUAGUCAACUGGCUGCAGAUAUCGUGAACAAUAUGAAGGCUGAUUUGGUGGAUUUUCUUAAUGUACCCGCAUCGCAUGAGGUCUUGAUUAUGCAUGGCGGUGGCUCGGGUCAAUUCGAUGCAACUAUCUACAACACUAUCUCGAUCUGGGUCGAGAAGCAGAGGCAAAAUAUUAUCCAAAGCAAGGCAAAUGCCAGCGACGCCGAGGUACUUGAGCAGCUCCAGCAAAAAGUCAAAGCAGACCUGCACUUGGACUAUCUAGUCACUGGCUCCUGGUCGUUGAAAGCCAGCCAAGAAGCCGUCCGUUUACUAGGCCCAGACUACGUCAAUGUCGCUUCGGACUCACGCAAGAUCAAUGAUGGAAAAUUUGGCAAAAUCGCCGAAGAGUCAGCUUGGAAAUUGAGCGAUCGACCUGCCAUGAUCUACCUCUGCGAGAAUGAGACGGUCGACGGCGUCGAGUGGCCUCAUUUCCCCAAGGUUUUGCAAUCAAAGGCGGCAGAUGAUGAAACUGUGAUUGUUGGAGACUUCUCUUCGACCAUUCUUUCACGUAGAAUUCCAUUUGAAUAUUUCUCCAUUGUGUUCUUUGGCGCACAGAAAAACCUUGGCUCGACAGGAAUCACGCCCGUGAUUGUCAGGAAAGAUCUGGUUUCGCUUUUGACUGGAAAAAACACUGCCGAGUUAAUUCGUAAGCUUGGGCUACCUGUGCCGCCUACUAUCCUCGACUAUUCUGUCAUUGCAAAGAAUAACAGUCUCUACAACACCCUGAGCAUCUUCGAUGUCUUCGUGGCCGGCCAAGUUCUCAAGAAGCUCCUCGCAUCUUUCCCAGAUAAAGUGCAAGGCCAGGAGGUUGUGGCGGGCAGGAAAUCGGCUCUUCUCUAUAACACCCUCGAUGCAUACCCCGAGGUGUACAGAGUGGUCCCCGACAAGGCUGUGCGCUCAAGAAUGAAUAUUUGCUUCCGAGUGAUCAAGGGCGGCAAUGUCGACGAGGCUGAAAAGGCUUUCCUGAAAGGGGCCAAUGAUAGAGCGCUACUGGGUCUAAAGGGACACCGUAGUGUUGGUGGCAUUCGCGCAUCCAAUUACAAUGCCAUUCCUGAAGCAGGCGUUGAGAAACUGGCUGCGUAUCUGAAAGAGUUUGCAACGACCGCUUAAUGUAUUAAAUAAAAAUCAUGAUUGAUGUCGACGAAUAAAGAAAUGAAGUAUUUUAUUACUAAGUAGUUCAUCUCU